AUGGCAGUCAUUUUGAACAAGAGAAACAUUAGAAUAGUGUCAGUAACAUCUAUAUUGUUGUUAUUGGUUUUCUUUGUCAUUCGUGAUGCAAAUAGUAUCACUUUGUCUCAAUCUAUUUCAAACAGUGAAACUGUUGCAAAGACUGAUUUAGAUGGUGCCUCUGCUAGUAAUAAGAAAAAAACCGAUAAUUCUGAAGCUACAGAGGAGAUUGAUAGAAUAAAGCAAGAAAUUGGUAUUACUGAUGACUCUCCAGUCCCAGCUACAAACGCAAAUGAACAAAAUGAGGAGAAUACGGCAGUUACUUUCAAUGCCGCAAAAGAGUAUGCUUCUAUCUUAGAACUAUCUCCUAUGGUUGUAUUUAGUAAAAGUUUCUGUCCAUUCAGUGCAAAAUUAAAAGAGCUAUUUGCCAAUGAGUAUCAAUUCACUCCAAAUUUUUAUAUUGUUGAACUAGACAAGCAUCAACACGGUGAUCUUUUACAAGCCUAUAUAAAGGAAAAGACAGGCAGAGGUACCGUACCAAAUGUCGUUAUAAAUGGUGUUUCGAGAGGUGGAAGUGAUGAUUUAAGAGCAUUACACGCCGACGGUAAGUUGUUGGAUUCCUUAAAAACUUGGGGUAGUGGUAACUUUCAGGUUAAACAGAUAGAGAAGCCUUCAAACAAUUAA